AUGGCUACGAUACUUGCUGCUACUGGAUUCUUAAACCUCGAUGAAAUUGAGAAAAUCAGCUGUGAGAGCCUUAUUGCCGGUGAUUUUCGAUACAACCCUGAAUGCACCCAAGAUAAUUGCCUGCAUCCCCUUAAAAUGACAAAAGAAGAGGAGGUUGAUUUCAAGUUUCUUCUUGUUCGACAUCCACUGGAGCGACUGUACUCCGCUUGGAAAGAUAAGAUAUCAAGAAACAUGAAUAGCACAAAAACUCAAUUCAAUCGGAUUCGCUUCAAGAUAACUCCGUCUGGCAUCGUUUCUUUCAAAGAAUUUCUGAAAUGGUUGACGAUCGAAAAUAACCACGAGUCGGAUAUUCACUGGAAACCGAUCUCAAAAAUGUGCGAAAUCUGUGAACACGAUUGGGAUGUUGUUUAUGAUACGAAGAAUAUUCAAGCGGCGAUUGAUGACAUUCUAGCACGUAUAAAUCCAGCUGGAAAUAUCACCAAAAAUAUAUUGCAGCCGGUCUUCAAAAAGCUCAAUAAUCAUACAACUCAUUCAACAAGCACUUUUCACGAAGAACUGAAGCAUCUCAGGCAUAAAAAUAUCGACGUUCUCGAAAAUAUAUUGGAACUUUAUCGAGCCGAUUUUGAAAUGUUCGGUUAUCUGCCAUAA